GGGGAGAAGAGAAGAGAUGGCAGCAGUAGCUGCAGGAGCGGGAGCAAGAGGGGAAGGAAGUAGUGGUGGUGAAGGAGGUAUCGUCGCCGGCGUCGGGUAGAAUUAUCACCGUAAGAGAGAUCUAAAGAUGCCGGGGAAAUUAGGAUGGAAGAGGUACCAGCCGACGAGAGUGAAGCGGUAGGAGGAAGCCUGAGUAAGCUAGCAGAGAAAGGAAUUGAUCAAAACUGUCAUCAUCGUGUCCUUUUAAUAGUCGAACCGAUCGAUCCCCGGAUCAGGGGGAAGCGGCAGACAGGAUCGCCCUCCCUCUUAACAGCCCUCGCAAUAUCCUCCUCAUAUUUUUUCUCUGCAAUUGUUGCAGCCGUGUGUGUUGGAGAGCCGAGAGCGGCACUGUCGGUCGUAGAUUGGAGCGAAGGGGCUUGGAAAACCCCAGUCCGGUCUGAUUUCGAGGAGCAGCAUGAUCGUGAGGACUUGAUCUAGGUGGAGUGUUUAGGGAGGGG